CGCGACGCGUCGCGUCUGGUGGGGAGGCGGGGCUUCCGGGCUUUUUCCCUGGCGGGGCUUCCGGGCUUUCCUUUCCUGUGUGCUUUAGCAUCAUGGAUCCUGUCAAGCGAGCGGCUUGGCUUUAUUUAAUUCAUACAGCCGAACCACGACGCCGUCGGCGGAGAGUACGCCGUGCCUGGGUGCACGACAUUAUCCAGAGACGGUCGGAGUUUGGUGAGUUUCACCAUUUGCUCCAGGAGCUGCGCCAGGAUGAGUGUCGCUUUCAGCGGUACUUUCGGCUGACCUGUGCCCAGUUCGAUGACCUCCUGGCCCGCGUCGGCGCCCGCAUCACUUACCAGGACACCAACUACAGGCACUCCAUUUCAGCAGACGAGCGUCUGUCCAUCUGUUUGCGGUUUCUUGCCACUGGGGAUUCCUACCGCACCAUUGCCAACAGCUUCAGGGUCGGCGUCUCCACAGUCUCCACUAUCAUCCCAGAUGUGGUGACAGCCAUUUGGGAUUGCCUAGCGGAGGAGUUUAUGGCCGUGCCUGGAGCAGCAGAGUGGAGGUCCAUCGCUGAGGAGUUUGAGGAGCGUUGGAACUUCCCACUGUGCUGUGGUGCUCUGGACGGGAAGCAUGUGAAGCUGAGGGCACCUCCCAACUCUGGCUCUCUCUUUUUUAACCACAAGGGGGACCACUCCAUCGUCCUCCUUGCUGUCGUGGAUGCCAGGUACCAGUUCCGCAUCUUAGAUGUUGGAGGUUAUGGUCAAAGCAGCGACGGGGGGAUCUUGGCCAACUCCACCUUUGGUCAAGCCCUUCGCGAAGGCACGCUGCCCCUGCCUCAGGAUCUGCACCUGCCAGGAGCUGACCACAGACACCUCCAGCCUCAUGUGUUUGUGGCAGACGAGGCAUUCCCCCUGCGCAGAAACCUGAUGCGGCCCUUUCCAGGACGUGGUGGUCUUACCCGAGAGCAGCGCGUCUUCAAUUACCGCCUGUCCCGAGCUCGGCUGGUGGUGGAGGAUGCAUUUGGGAUCUGGUCAGCACAGUGGAGGGCUUUUCGAGGGGCUCUUGAAAUCCUCCCUGAAGUUGCAGAGAAGUGUGUGAAGGCCACCUGCCUUCUCCACAACUUCAUGAGGCCUGCUGCACUUCACCAUGUACCAGCGCAGAGGGGAGCAGCAGCCCAGGAUGAGCCUCUUCAAUCCGUGGGACAGAUGGGAGCCAACAACGCCACCAGAGAUGCCACAUCUGCGAGGGAGGUGUUCAUGGCUCACUUCUGUGAAGAGGGAGCUGUACCAUGGCAGCCAGGAGAAUAG